AACCAGGCUCAAGAUUGACUCAGCCUUCCAUCCUUUCUAAGAAAUUACUUCGAAGAGGGAAGAAAACAUGCAUUCAGCAUUGAGUUUAUCUUUCAUAUUACUUGCCAUUUCAUCCAAUUUUGCAGUAGCAAUCAGAAAGGAAAAGCAAAUACCCCAGACCCUCUCCAGAGGAUGGGGAGAUGAUAUCACUUGGGUACAAACAUAUGAAGAAGGCCUCUAUCAGGCAAAACAAAGUAAUAAGCCAUUGAUGGUUAUUCACCAUUUGGAGGAUUGUCAAUAUUGUCAAGCAUUAAAGAAGGUCUUUGCAGAAAGUCAAGAAAUACAGGAGAUGUGUCAGAAUGAUUUCAUCAUGCUCAACCUCAUGCAUGAAACAACUGAUAAGAACUUAUCACCUGAUGGACAGUAUGUACCUCGAAUCAUGUUUGUAGAUCCUUCUCUCACAGUAAGGGCUGAUAUCAUUGGAAGAUACACAAAUCGAUUGUAUACUUAUGAACCUCAAGACCUAUCUGUGUUGAUUGAGAAUAUGAAGAAAGCAUUGCGCCUUAUUCAGACUGAAUUGUAAAUGAGUGCUGAACUGAUAAUCGCAACAACAGAAAAAAGAAAUGUGGACCAAGAAAAAUCAUUUACAAAAGUUGUUCAGUUCUAGUGUCCCUCUUCGAAUGUCAUCUACUAAUGUUGCAAGCUCAUUUCACAUCUGCUGAAAAAAAUACUAGUGGCUGUAAUAAUAGAAUUCAGUGACAAGAAAGAUUUGAUGUUCAUCAGGAUACUUCUCUCCUUCACAGCUUUGAAGAAGAAAUACCCCAGGGUAUUUUCCUAUGCUACUGAAGAAUCUGUUUUAUGAA